UGUUUCGCGAGGCACGCAAGUAAAGAGCUCAGAACGCCAGCCCCACAAAAAAGAAAAGAGAAGAAAAGAAAAGGCAAACCCUCCUCCUCCUCCUCCUCCUCCUCGCUCUCAUGGAUCUUUGAUAUAUUUCCUCAAAUCAUCUUCAUCAUCAGAUCCCUCUCUCUGUCUGUCUGUUUUUCUCUAUCUAGAAAGGAAAACAAGAAGCAAGAACAAGAAACAGAAAGAGAAAGAUGUCAACCCCAGCAAGGAAGAGGUUGAUGAGGGAUUUCAAGAGGCUUCAGCAGGAUCCACCUGCUGGUAUCAGUGGAGCCCCUCAAGACAACAACAUCAUGCUCUGGAACGCUGUUAUUUUUGGACCUGAUGAUACUCCUUGGGAUGGAGGGACGUUUAAGUUGACUCUUCAAUUCACAGAGGAUUAUCCAAAUAAACCUCCAACAGUUCGCUUUGUCUCUCGAAUGUUUCAUCCAAAUAUUUAUGCAGAUGGAAGUAUAUGCUUAGACAUUUUACAAAAUCAGUGGAGUCCCAUAUAUGAUGUUGCUGCUAUACUAACUUCCAUCCAGUCCCUGCUCUGUGAUCCAAACCCAAAUUCCCCAGCAAACUCUGAAGCUGCUCGCAUGUUCAGUGAGAAUAAGCGGGAAUACAAUCGCAGAGUUCGUGAAAUUGUGGAGCAGAGCUGGACUGCUGACUGAGGUUCAUAUCAGAAAGCAAUAAGAGCGGUGUGGUGGACCUGAAGUGCUUUUCUCUGAACUUCUAGGUAGUGCUGUACUCUGUAAUAUGCAUUGAUGAUGUGCAUUGUUCUUAGAGGAUUCUCUUUGGAUGAUUUAUUUGUGUAUGUUAGACAACUUGACUGGAAGUUGAUUUUCUGAAUGUUUUUUUUUUUUGUUUUCAGAAUCUUCUUUGAUUAUCUAUCGUGCAAGGGUCCUUUACCUAUCUUUGUAUAAUGUUCAUAGGAAGUGCUGUUUGUAGUUGUGUCAAAUAUUUGCUUUUUGAGUUGAACCUCGCUCCUAGAGAUGGUUUUAAGGAAGCUCUCCUUUGUAAUUUUGGAUACAAAAUUCAAAUGUUAUGAAUGGCCGUUACGAACUUGA